UGAAAAGAAAUGUGAAAGAAUUAAGGAUAUAAUCUUGGAUUACAGAGAAUGGAUAACUUAAUUGUUGUCACAUUCUUGGCAAGUUUUCCUGUACUUGGCCAGGCAUUGACUUCUUUCUGUUACCCUGGAAACCCUUGCUUUCCAAGUUCCAGUAUCAUCAAUGCAUUUGCUACUUCCUUACCAAAUGGUACCAUGGUAUUCCCCUCAGACCACCAGACCUACACGAAUGUUACUAAGAUGCGCAAUUUGGUUAGGACGAGUUAUCCCUUUGCUGUUGUCGUGGCGAAAACACGUGACGAUGUCAAAGAUUCCGUUGCCUUUGCUGUACAAUACAAUCUCCAUCUGACAGUUCUUGGGACAGGGCAUGAUUUCAAUGGACGUUCAACAGGGAAUAAUACUUUGCAACUUAAUCUGAGUUUGAUGAAGAAUAGAGUGGUGGAUCUUGGUUCUUGGAGACAUGAGAAUGGAACAAUAUCUGUAGGCCCUGGUAACACGUGGCUUGAUGUCUAUAGGGAGGUAGACAAGUAUGGGAGGGUGAUUGUGGGCGGCAGUGCCCAGACCGUUGGUAUGGGGGGAUACACUCUUGGAGGCGGACAUAGCCCAAUCUGUCGGUUCUAUGGAAUGGCUAUUGAUAACUUACUGGAAGUAGAAAUGGUCAUGGCGGACGGUAGAGUCGUCACUGCGACAAAAGACUACGUACACACGAUUUACAACAAUGGAAGCACAUCUAACGUUAGUGACAGUGAGUUCUUCUGGGCCAUCGCCGGUGGAGGGGGUGGUACAUUUGGAGUGUCCACCAGAUUAUUAUUCAAACUCCAUAUGCCACCAGAGAAAGUCUUUAAGCUUGUAAUAAUUUAUCCAAUGUAUACAGUAUUUGGUGAAGAUGUCUUUUCCCUAGUCUUUGAUAAAAUCAAAGAGUUAUUUACUGAUGACCUACCAAAUGAAUGGGGAGGAUAUUUAAUCUUUGACGGUAAUACCGACGAGUACCUGUCUAAGGGACACGUGACCUUUGUUUUAAAUCAUUUGGGAGCGAAUACAACGGCUUCUUACAAAUACCUUGAAAGUCUCAUAGGAUUUCUACCAACAAAGAGAUAUUUUAGUGUUACUGAGUACCAAACGUUUUUGGAAUAUGAGGAAACCAUCACUGAACAAUACCCCUAUUAUCUUGUCUUUGUUUAUAAUUCUCUGAUUCCUACAGGUAGUCUUACAUCUGACUUCAAGGAUUACAUAAAAUGGAGUGUUUUUGAGAAACCCACUUCAAAUUCUAGUGUUUCUUACACAGCUACUCUAAUUGGUGGGAAGAUGCGAGAGGUCGGACCGGAAGCCACAUCAGUUCAUCCCGGUUUCAGAAGCACCCUCCUGUCGAUGACUGGAGGUGUAGGGUUUGGAUUACCGGGGGUGCCCGAAGCUGAGCAAAUCUUUUACAAGACUGUGGAAAGAAAUAACAAAUUUGCUGCCUUUGGAAAUGGGAUGUAUCCAAACGAGGCAGCUCAGGCCACUCCUAACUGGCAGACGAACUUCUGGGGAUCCAACUACGAUCGUCUGUACCGGAUCAAACUUCGAGAAGACUCUAGUAAUGUCUUCAGAUGUGAUCAGUGCAUAGGAUCAGAAUUGAAAACGUCAAACUCGGCGACAGUCGCAAUAACAGAGGCUGUUUUUCUGCUGCCAAUACUUGAAGCUUUCUUAAAACAGUAAGAAUAAAUCAUCUGUAGACAGCAUUUUUAAAUAUUAAACACAGAGGCAUAAAAACAGGAACUGUAUAUCGACUGGACUCAUUACAUUCAAUAUAGUGAGUCAAGUAGUUUAGCACCUUGCCCUUUGGUUGUCAUUAAAUUAAUAUUCCAUGUACAUAUAUAUUGUUAUAGUUUCACCCCAAGAGUGAUUGUUCCAGGCACCUUGUGAUUAUAAGGAAAGGUUGUCUUUAGAAGUAUCACUAUGUACCACAUCAGACCAAAAAGGCCAGCAAUAACCUAUACGAAGUAUCACUAUGUACCACAUCAGGCCAAAAAGGCCAGCAAUAACCUAUACGAAACAAUUAUAAGAAAUACAAGGAGCUGCAUUCAAUAAAUCUUGUUGGAAAUACUUCGUCUUUCAGACCAAAAAAAAACUCAAAGAAGUUCUGGAUUCACGUAUUUACUUGUGAAGUGCUCUGUACAUUAUCAUUAUACUGAGAAAUUCUUCCCCAGCAGUUUCUUUGUCAUCUUCGAUGACAUAUAUAUUCAUUACAGAAAAUUGAGUUUGGGAGAAUUCUGACUUUUUUUUAGGGGAGGGGGUAAUUUGGAUUGCAAAUUCUAGCAAGAAUAUUCAGUAUUUUUUCUCUCGGUGUCUAAAAUUGUUUCCUUAAUCGGCUCUCAUGGAAGGAAUUAGAUAUUUGAAUAAAAAAUGGGAAGCUUUACAAUGAAUUCUAUUGGUAUACAUGUAUGUAUGUGCACAAGUAUUCGAAUUCUUAAAGAGAGUGUAUGAGAGUAUGACUACUAAUGUAUGAUUUAAAAAAUAAUGGAAAUUCAUAUUUUAACAUUAAAACAUGAUUACUUGAUUUUUCUUAAAUAGGCAAUUAGUACAAAAUUGUUCAUACAGUGUCUAGCUUCUAUUUACCAA